UCUUCAAUCGUCUUCUUCUCUUCUCUUCUCUUCUUUGAUUUAUGGACAAAGGAGGGAGACUCUCCAUUGAUUCUGAUCCAAUUAGGUUCUUCGCCACCAAACCAACACCCAUCAACCCUUUCUUGAAGACCAAGUGGAACAAGAAGCCAGAACUCAUGGAUGACUCUCCUAACAACCGUUUCUCUGGUAUUGGAUUUCCCGUCAACCUCAACUAUAGAGAUGAUCAAGCUACUCCGGUAUCCACCGUCGCCGACGGUAGACGUGCCGUCCAUGAUGAGAUGGACUUCUUUUCCGAUAGGAAUCGGUCCCAAGAAUACGAGGCUAAAGCAUCCACCGUCAACGUCAAGGAAGAGGAUUCUCAUGGUGGCGCCGCCGCCGCCGCCGCCUCACGUUUCGAUUUAGAUGUAAAUACUGGUUUACACCUUCUCACUGGAAAUACCGGUAGCGAAUCGACGGUAGAUGACGGAAUAUCUCCCAAUGCAGAAGAUAAACGAGCUAAGAGUGAGCUAGCUGUUUUACAAGCCGAACUGAAUCGGAUGAACGAAGAGAACCAACGUUUGCGAGGGAUGGUUAAUCAAGUCAGCAACAACUACAACAAUCUACAGAUGCAUCUCAUUACACUGAUGCAACAACAGCAGCAACAGAAACGCAAGCCCGAAACCACCCAAGAACACGAGAUGUUAGAGGGGAAAGUGGAAGAGAAGAAACAUGAGGGGAGUGGGGGGAGUGGAGGAGGAGGAGGAGGAUUCAUGGUGCCUGGACAGUUCAUGGAUAUGGGGCCAUCAGGGACGGUUGAAACGGAAGAGCCAUCUCAGUCUUCAUCUGAAGGUCAUAGCCAAGACCGUUCUGGGUCUCCCCACAACAAUUUGGAGGUGGCGUCUAAGGAAUAUAUAUCUCAAAAGAAUAGUGGUGGUAACAGUGAGAUUGUCCCGUUCGAACAACAAGAGAAGAGUGAGUUUGGAGAAGGAAGUAGUGUUGGUAGGGAAGAGAGUCCAGACCAAGCAUCGCAAGGAUGGGUAGCUAACAAAGUCCCCAAAUUGAAUGCUUCAAAGAACGUUGAUCAGUCUACAGAAGCAACCAUGAGGAAAGCCCGUGUCUCAGUUCGUGCUCGAUCUGAAGCACCCAUGAUCACUGAUGGAUGCCAAUGGCGAAAGUAUGGGCAGAAAAUGGCGAAAGGAAACCCUUGCCCUAGAGCUUACUAUCGCUGCACCAUGGCUGCUGGUUGUCCCGUUCGCAAACAAGUCCAGAGAUGUGCAGAAGAUAGAUCAAUCCUCAUAACAACCUACGAAGGAACCCACAACCACCCACUCCCUCCUGCAGCUAUGGCAAUGGCAUCGACCACAUCGGCGGCAGCAUGUAUGCUGCUAUCGGGCUCGAUGUCGAGCACCGAUGGGCUAAUGAACUCGAAUUUCCUGGCAAGAACGCUACUACCAUGCUCGUCAAGCAUGGCUACCAUCUCAGCUUCGGCACCUUUCCCAACUGUGACAUUGGAUCUAACGAACUCACCCAACCCUUUGCAGUUCCAAAGGCCACCUACACAGUUCCAUGUCCCCUUCCCUCCCGGCCCAUCAGCAGCAGCAGCGGCCAACAACUUUGGUGUUGCAUCAACACAUCCUCUCGCUCAAGUCUUUGGCCAAAACCUCUACAAUCAGUCGAAAUUCUCUGGCCUUCAAAUCUCUCAGGAUAUGGACCCUUCAAAGUUCUCCCACCAGCAACACCCUCAACCGCCACCUCAACAGACCCAACAAGGGGCGGCGCCUUCACUUGCCGACGCAGUGAGUGCCGCCACUGCUGCCAUCACAGCGGAUCCCAACUUCACCGCCGCUCUGGCAGCGGCCAUAUCAUCUAUCAUUGGCGGUGGGCAACAAAGCAACAACAACAAUGAUAACAGUAACAAUAAUAACAUCGACAGUAAUAAUAAUACUGUCAGUGGCAACACCCCUACCACAAACAGCAACAACAAUAGCAAUAAACUCACCAAUUCUACUUUUGCAGGGAAUUAAUGUUGUCCUUUUUUUUUUUUUUUUUUUCUUUUACCACCUCUUCCGAUUGGUUUAUAUUUAAUUUGUUUUAGGGUUUCUUCAUUUUCAGUGGGAAAAGAAGAGAGAGAUUAUACAGGUUUUUUUCGGGGUUGGUGGCCGGGGAAGAUUAAAACACGAUUUCAUUCUUUCUUGUCAUAUUUCAAAUUGAAUAAUUUUGUCCAAAUUAGCUGUCUAUGAAUACAGAAGAAUUGCACAUUAGCUUGAUUCUUGGA